AUGGGCAUCCAUGAUAUGCCCACUGAGCUGCUCGUGCAGGUCGGCUCCUACCUCGGGGACGACGCCGACGUAAACACUCUCGCGCUCGCCAGCUGCCAACUGUACACCCUGCUGAACCCGUAUCUCUAUGCCCGCAACGUGGAGAGAUAUGAACAUCGCAGGCAUGGCUAUGGCGAGGUCUACCGCCGCCUCGCCUUGAUCCGCGCAGCUAGGUCCGGCGGCCCUCUGGAAACCUUCAGGAAGGCCAUGGAGGCCAACAAUGCCAAGAAGUCGGAAAAUAGUAGGACGCUCGCCGACAUGGCAUUCAAGGAGGCCGUCUUCUAUGGCCACGCCGGCCUGGUUCACCUCCAGCUGGCCAUCGACGAGGAUCUCGACAUUACCAAGACGGGGCAAUUCGGACGCAGCAUGCUCUAUUCCCCUCAAGUUCUCAGAAACGCGGCCGUUUUCCGCGUGCUCCUCGAUUCGGGUCGAUUCGAUCCCUUUGCCAAGGAUGCCCAAGGAACCACCCUUCUCUUCCAGGCCGCCGCACAAGGAAAGCUGCCAGUCUGUCUCAUCCUACUCGCCCUCGAGGGCAUCGACCCCGACGCAACGGACUCGGGUGGCUCAACGCCCCUGUCAAAGGCGGCUGAAGGCGGUCACCUGGACAUAAUGAGGGCACUCAUCAGCACGGGAAAGGUCAAUGUCAAUUCGAUCGAUGUGGCUGGGUUUACGCCAUUGAGACGAGCAGUCAAAUUCAGCCAGACGGAGUCGGUGAAGCUCCUGCUUGGCACUGAAGGGAUUGAUCCUGACGCGGGAUCACCACGCGACCUCACCCUUCUCCAGCAGGCUGCCACCAAUGGAAUGACUGAAGUGGUACAGAUCUUAUUAUCAAGGGGGACUGACGUGAAUGAGGUCUACUGUAGCAACACCGCCCUUACUUUUGCUGCGUCAGCCGGACAGGAAGAAGCCGCCAAAGCGCUGCUGGCCACAGAGGGUGUCUGGAUAAACGCAAACCCUCCCCAUGCCAUCGGCUCACCUAUCGCCCUUGCCGCUCGUAGGGGGCACGUAGGCAUCGUUCGAGCCUUGAUCGAGAAGGAAGGCAUCGAGCUGGACAAACCAGACCGCAAUAACCUCACCCCAUUCCUCCACGCUGCGACGUAUUCUUACCGCAGUGUUAUGGGAGAGCUAGCCCAGACCGGCCUGGUUGACGUGAAUUUCUUCGGCCCUGGCUCAAUACCGGCACUGUCGAUUGCAUGCAAGAAGGGGGACCUUGAGAUGGUGAAGGACCUGCUCACCUUGCCGGCCAUCAACGCAGAUCUGCUAGAUGCGUCCGGCAAGACUCCGCUGGACUAUGCUGCGCUACAGGGAGGAGAGCUGAUUAUAGAGGAGCUACUCAAGCGAGAGGAGGUUACGACUGGGUCUGCACUACGCGAAGAGAACCACCCGUAUGAGCUCAUUCAGAAUCGAGAUCAUCCGGGAGCGGUUGCUGCGUUGCGCCCCUGGUAUGACCGACGGAGGACUCCUGGCCGGGAACUAGAUGACGCUGUACAUUCCGGCGCGGACAGCCCUUAG